ACUACAGCCCCCAUAGUCCCUUGCAACUAUCCCCCAGCAUCCUCUGCAGCCCUAACCUCCCUGAAAUGGAGCAACCGAGACCUGCCACUUGGCGAAAUAGAUCUGGGCGCUGAGCGGGUGGCGCCUGGACGGCGGCUUGCAAAGCUUAGGAGCUGCUUGAGAUAUGACCAAUUUGGGGGUUCAGCCGCUUUGUAUGGAAAGUUAUGGCUCUCGCAGUGCUCAGCACUACCGGGCCUUGCCUGAUGGGAGGCUAGACUGCAUUCCAGAUGGACCUCAAAAUCGAGGAUUCCGUUCACUACGGGAGAUCUUCAUGUACAGAUUUAGCAGAGUGGGUGGAAGGACUGUUUGGUGAUAGUGGUUUGGGAAGAAGAUACUGGAGUGAUGGGAUGAAGGAUGCCUUGUUGGUCUUCCUACCCCAGGGUUAUCCUGAAAGUGUGAGUUCAGACUACCUGGCCUACCAGAUUUGGGACACAGUGCAGGCCUUUGCCAGUAGCAUCACAGGGACUCUGGCCACCCAGGCUGUGCUGAAAGGGGUGGGAGUCGGGGAUGAGGCGUCAACCGUCACGGCUGCCACUGUCACCUGGAUCCUGAAAGAUGGGACUGGGAUGCUGGGCCGAAUUCUCUUUGCCUGGAGUAAGGGGAGCAAACUGGACUGCGAUGCGAAGCAAUGGAGGCUCUUUGCUGAUGUCCUGAAUGACAUGGCCAUCUUAAUGGAGAUCCUGGCCCCAGCAUUCCCAGCAUGCUUCACUCUCAUUGUGUGCAUCAGUGGCUUUUUCAAGUGCAUUGUGGGAGUUGCUGGAGGGGCCACUCGGGCGGCCCUCACCAUGCACCAGGCCCGGCGGGACAACAUGGCCGAUGUUUCGGCCAAAGAUGGAAGCCAGGAGACCCUGGUGAACCUAGCUGGCCUCUUCUUCAGUCUUCUCCUCAUUCCUCUUGUAGCAGACAAUCUCCGCCUCACUUAUUCCCUCUACGGCCUCUUCACUGCCUUGCAUCUCUACGCCAAUUAUAGGGCGGUACGAUCUGUCUGCAUGGAGACCUUCAACCGUGCCCGGCUCCGCCUGGUCUUGAGGCAUUUUUUGCAGUGGGGUAAAGUGCUGGGCCCUGCUCUCGCCAACCCUCAGGAGCCUCUGGUGCCAGGGUUUCAGCAGGAGCUCAGGAUGAACCUUGGGACACCACUCCACACUGUGGCCUCCAGAGUUGCAGAUUUCCAGAAAGCCCUUGAAGGGAACGCCACAAAUCACUUAAUCUUCUUCAACCGAGCAGCAGGGACCGUCUCCAUUCUCCUACACCGACUGGCAGGCAGCGUGGAUGUAAUUAAAGCCUGCACUCACGCCUUCUUCCUGGAAGUCCUGCUGUACCAAGACGUGGCAACAUCUGCCUUGGAGGAAGAGUCUCUCCUGAAUCUGCAGCUUAGGCUUCGUGAAGAACCUGAGAAUAAGGACAGCACUGCAAUUUCUGAAACACAUCAGCUGUUGGACAAGAUAUUUCCCAAAUUCCUGGCAGGAUUGACAGCAGCAGGAUGGGUAACAGACCGGAACCUUCUGGGCCCUGAUGAGUGGCGCAUGGAUUGGACCGUCCCUGAAAAGAAAACCCUUUAACUCCAAGAGACGUUUAACACGACGACUUGCUAAAGCCUUGGAAAGAGUGGAUCUCAGUUGCUCCAGUGAUGCCAGAGGUGCUGUCUCUGCCUCACGUGGGGUUGUCAGAGUUUCUAAUGCCAAAAUGGAGGAGAGUGCAGGGCACCAGAUUUUUUGAGGGUGAGAGGGGAAACACAAAAACA